ACAGGAAAAAAAUAAGAGACCCCUUUUUGGGGGCGGUAUUGGAGGAAAGGUAUAAAUUGCUUCCCAGUUAAUUUGAUUCACCAUGGUUCUCCCUGGUGACCUGACAGGUCUGCUGCCAACACAAAUCUUUUACUUUAUUUUGACUUUUUUCCCCCUAAUGAGACAAGACUUAGUUAUACUUUAUUUCCACUUAAAAUAUCUGUGACCAAUGAGGGCAGCCCAAUUUCAUAAAAAAAUCAUAACAAAUUGAGAUUAUAGGUAUUAAUUUUGAAAUCAAAUUGUGAUUUGAGGUGUUCCGUGGCCUUUUCAGGCCUUUUCGUGAAUUACUCUGUGGGGGAUUUUCUUGGACCUGAACUUGGCCAGCUUAAUGUCAGAACCAGGUCAUCAUCAUAAAUAGAAGCAGCUGCGGGAAAAAAUAAAUAAAUAAAAUUCUCCCUUCUGGUUGACUCUGCUCUGCAUCCAGUUCAAAGCCAGGGAUGAGUAGGCUCCUCUUUCCACCACCUCAGUCUACACCUGAAAGUUUGUUUCUAUAAAAUGUGACUUGUCUGUUGCCCACCUUCGCAUUCCCGUCUCCUCCUUCCAAGAAGGAUGUGAGGCUCAGCGUUGAUGCACACGAAGAGACUUUUGGCAUCGCCCAGGCUAAUUUCAUCACUUCAAGGAGAAAAUGAUGCCUGCUUCCAAUUUCUAACACUCUCAUCGUUUCCCCUUCAUUUCAUUCUUUUGCAUUUUCCGGACAGUGCUGCAGUCUGCAAGCCUGCAAAAUAUAUUGCACUGGCUACCUGGGAAAUGUAAUCCCUUCCUGCAACCUGCCUUUCCCUUCUUCCUGACAAAGCGCUUUUUAGUGUUUCAGUGUUCACAGAAGAGGCAAAGGUUCUCUCCCCCAACCCUUAUUCUGCCCUGGGUUCCCUGCACAGUGCAGUGGUUGGGGGCUGGUGAGAAUGGAGUUUUGCAUUUGUAAGUUUGUCAUUCAGGCACAUUAGUUAAUUGAUCAUACUUGGGAGGUUUCAUCCUUAAUUGCAAAUUCCCACACCAUCACAAAACAUACACUUGAACUGAUCAUAAAAAUGGCAAAACCCCAAUAUCAGACUUAAGUGUAGAAUUGCCAUAGUGCUGAUUUGAUUAUGCUUCAGUGACAUCUGUUUAAUAGAUUUCCACAAGAACUGUAAAUCCACAUUUACUUCCUUUGCAAAUUGUAUUUGAAUGCUGAGCAACCACAGCCCUCUAGCCUCUUCCCCUCCCUAGCCAUGUAUGUGCUAAACCCCCAUUCCUGUUGAGUGUGACUUGAUAUAUAAGUGGGAAGGGGACACAAUGCUGAGUUUUACACAUUUACCUCCUAUUUCCUUUUGUGUGUGGAUAUGUCUGUGUGCAUGUUUGAAACAGAUCUGAACAGCUUCCCAUUUCAACUCCAUAGAUACGUGACUCUCCAAGUGCUUUAUUUUGAAAACCAGGACGUAGCACUUUGCAGAAGAAAAAUCAGUCCACUUGCUAUUAUUUAUGUGAUCGCUGAUCUGCUAGAUGGAUAUAGAAAGCACCAAGAAUUAUAAUAAUUUAUGGAGUGGAGCACUGGUUUACAAACAUAUUUCUCUGCCCGAGCUUUGUGUGUUUCUUUGCGUCUCGGGGCUCGUUCUGUGCAAUGGGAACGGAGAAUAUUCAGAGUUUGAAGACAAGCCCGGCGAGCCGACUGCAUUCAUAGCUAAAAUUAAAGGAAUAAGUGAGCAGCUAUUUGUGGCAGACAGGACAUGAUCCAUCUGUUUCCAGGUCUGGCGGGGGGCCGGGCUGCGGUGGCGGCAGCGGUGGGAGAUGCCGGGGCGGCCAGCGGAGGUCCAUGUGGCGCUCUAGGUGGGAUGCCGGCGUCCUGAAGGCGGAGGCCCUGGCCCUCCUCCCCUGCGGCCUGGGCAUGGCAUUCUCCCAGUCCCACGUGAUGGCCGCUCGGCGGCACCAGCACAGCCGGCUCAUCAUCGAGGUGGACGAGUACAGCUCCAACCCCACCCAGGCCUUCACCUUCUACAACAUCAACCAGGGCCGCUUCCAGCCACCGCAUGUGCAGAUGGUGGACCCGGUGCCUCACGAUGCCCCCAAACCUCCAGGCUACACCCGCUUCGUCUGCGUCUCUGAUACCCACUCGAGGACGGACCCCAUCCAGAUGCCGUACGGCGACGUGCUGAUCCACGCUGGGGACUUCACUGAGCUGGGGCUCCCGAGCGAGGUGAAGAAGUUCAACGAGUGGCUGGGCAGCCUGCCCUACGAGUACAAGAUCGUGAUCGCAGGCAACCACGAGCUGACCUUUGACCAGGAGUUCAUGGCCGACCUCAUCAAGCAGGACUUUUACUACUUCCCAUCUGUGUCGAAGCUGAAGCCGGAGAACUAUGAGAAUGUGCAGUCGCUGCUGACCAACUGCAUCUACCUUCAGGACUCGGAGGUCACCGUGCGGGGCUUCCGGAUCUAUGGCUCCCCAUGGCAGCCCUGGUUCUACGGCUGGGGCUUCAACCUCCCGCGAGGCCAAGCCCUGCUGGAGAAAUGGAACCUCAUUCCCGAAGGUGUAGACAUCCUGAUAACCCAUGGACCACCACUGGGCUUCCUGGACUGGGUCCCCAAGAAGAUGCAGCGGGUGGGCUGUGUGGAGCUGCUCAACACGGUGCAGAGGCGCGUCCAGCCACGGUUACAUGUCUUUGGCCACAUCCACGAAGGGUAUGGUGUCAUGGCAGAUGGGACGACCACCUAUGUGAAUGCGUCCGUAUGCACUGUGAACUACCAGCCCGUGAACCCACCCAUAGUCAUCGACCUCCCCACACCCCGGAACUCCUGACUGCUCCCCACUGCCCCUGCCCUGCCCGCCCGUGUCAGCUCCACAGGCCUGGCCCGGCCACUGUUCCUUCCAUGCUGAGUUGCCUGGACGACCCAUCUGGCUGCGGGGACUGGCCUAGCAGGCAGGUCAGGGCCUUGGAACGACUCUUUAGCCUUCUGUCACCUGGAGUUGGGACCCUGCGCAUCCCCAUCAGGGGUUCUGUGCUCAUUUACUUUUUCUGCGUGUACAUCCUGCGUGUACCUCGUUAAAGGACCUACUAAGCUCAUGGCCCUGUCAUGUUUGGGAAAUGACUAAAUCUUCAUUCUUCUCCCUUGGACGCCCUCCUGGUUUGGGAAGCUGCUGCUCUUGAAUGGGUUUUGGAAGUUACACAAAAUCUCCCUCUAACCACGGGUCUGUGUGGCGGCAUGCCCCUGGGUGGGAGGAUUCGUGAGCUGCACACAGACAGUCCCUUGCUCUCCUCCCAAGUGAGGGAGGAGACAGGCCCAAGGCGGAGGCCCUCCGAGGGAGCAUUUAGGGACAUCUCAGGAAUUCAGACCGCACCUGGCCAGGCCCACAGCUGUUUGCCUGGCAUUGUUCCCCCCUUUUUCUUCCCAUAGGCAUUUUUGUUGACUUGAACAAUGACCUGAGUGUCCUAGGCAUUCACUCGGAGCCUGGAUGAUGGGGGCUGGUUCUACAGAAUGAGCCACUGGCAUUCGUGCCCAGGACCAGCGAGAGGGUUCCCAGUCAUGGGGGGAUGAUGACCCUUGGUCCCACGGGGAACACACUGCUCUGUAGAAUGCGGUAGCCUGGAUGGAGGGUCUGCAGGCUUCGGCUGCAGCAGGCCUGCCAUGGGUGUGAACCCAUGUCCAGGCACGCACCGACACACAUGCACGCACACACCCCUCUUAAUUGAACCAAGUGGGUCCUGUGUUUCUCUUUUCUGCCCCGCAGUGAGGUUCUGUUCCUUGGUGUGGCUUCCCUUGCACCGUUAGGAUUCUGUCUGGCGUGCCUGCAGCCGAGGAAGCCCAGGACCAGCCGGCCCUGUGAAUGGGAGGGUGGCACAGGGACCGAGCGGGCCCCAGGCUCUGGCAGCCCCACCUUGGACAGCUUCUUUUUCUUCUUUGAAUUAGGACUGGAGGGGGUGGGGCCAGGGCGGUGGUGGGAACCGGUAGGGCCUAGAUGAGGGGCAGGCAGUCAGGCAGAAAUGGGCAAGUUCAGGGUCAGAUUCUGUCGUUAUUUAAUAUUUUGUUCAUCAUGGACUUUUUCUGCAUUUAUUUUGAUUUUUAACAUUGCAUUAAAGUAGUAUUAUUUGUCCUGAUUGGUGACUUUUUUUGCACCCCCUUUACGUUGUACAUCUGAGAGAAGGGUGUCACUCCCUCACCCAGGUCCCAGCCCUGGGAACCAGCCUACCGUGAGCCCUUUUGCAGAUAUAGACUCAUUUCAUCCUCAGAUGGUCCUUCAAGGUAGGUACUUUAGUCCCAUUUUAGAGAUGAGACGAUUGAGGCCAGAGGGGUGUGGUAACUUGCCUGGGGGCUCACAGCACAAAAGGAGCGGAGGCAGGAUCUGACCCUUGUUCUCUGGCCUCACUGCCCUCACUUUGCCAUGACCCGAAGUUAUGUCCCUACAAAGCAAUGCAUGGUCCGAGGCUCUUUUUAUUGUAUUUUUAUUUUUAAGGGUCCUGUUCAAAACUGGUGUGAGCUCUGAGGAGUCCUGAACCCUGGGUGCAGCAUCCUAGCAUCCUGGGAGUCCUUUUCUGCCCACACUGAGCUGGGCUCCUCGAGGGGUGGGGCUGCUGUCCCUGGAAGCCUGGCAGCAGCACUGUAUCGGGUUGGCUGAAGCUGAGCGCCGUGGGGUGCAGGGCUCCAGGAAUCCCGUUUGGCUGAAGGGGUUCCUGUAGCCAGGGAUGUUUAUGAGGUCUCUCUGAUGCCCCAGGCGCAGGACAUGUGUGCGGGUGGAGAAAAGCAGGCCCUUUCAGUGCCAGCUCCACUCAAUUUCUAUGUGGACCAAGAACGAUAAACUUAAAAAAAAUUUUUCCUAAGGUAUCUUCAGAAUAUGGUGUAUUUUUAUGUGGAAAAGAAAAGUUAUGAAGGCAGCUAUUACUUUAAGAGAAAAUUCAUUAAAAGUCCUCGAGGUAUGAAGAUGACGGCGUGCUUCUCAAUCAUUUUGGCAUAACUUGAUUGUGGCUGUAAUUUUUUUUUUUUUUUUUUUGUCAAGCAUGUCAGACAAUAAAGUCUUUGUAAAAAGAGAA